AUGCGAUCCAUUCGGACCUGCCUCGCUCAGCAGUUGAACCGAGGUUGGCGCCGCGGUGUCAUCGAUAACCCGUCGACGACACAUUUCGUGCGAAGUUGCGUUGGCAGGAUUGCUGGGCUUCGGAUUGAACCUGCAGAUUCGGACCGUCCCGCUUUAGGUCGACGACGGCAACAGAGGCUGUUUUCGCAGUUGAAUGUCGACGGCGGACAGAGAUGCCACAACAUUGCGAGCCCUGGAGAAGAGUAUCGGUACCAGAACUGGCGGUGUCUGGCACUGGAGGAAACGAUCUCCUGGUUCAUUCGCAUUGUUGAGCAGGAGGCCCCGGGAGCAUUCGAGUUUCGCAGACUGCCCAGGUAUGCGAGAGGAACGCUGCUUUUUCGGCCUCGACGUGAGGAUUAUGGCGGAGACCCUUCGUCAGCAGAACCGCAAGUCGCAGGACGGUUAGAAGAUUCAUCUCUCUUAUGGGCAGCGUUGCUCGUAAAGAGUGCAAGCGUCCGACGAGGAAAAGCGGGUAUCUACGUUUUUCAACUGUCUUCUUACGAACCCGAUCUGGGACUCGUCUUAGCCUGUCAACGCGAGAGCAGGCUUGAGCUGUGUCCGAUUCGUGACGUUGAGGUCCGUGGCACGCGUCAAAUGUAUAUUCGCCGAGACGCUCUGCCCGCGGUUGUAACACCAGAAACGGUACUCGAUGUGUCAAGCGAGCCGAUAUAUGUCGAUCUGAGGGCCACUGCUUCGAGGCUGUUCCGGUUGUUCGGCGCCCUGCCUCAUCAGACAGUUGACGAGUGGAGCGACGCUCUCGUUUCUGGCGACGACUACCGCGGUUUUCACUUUCGACUGGAUACACUCGUGGAGACAUUGUACGAACCCGCGGGAAUACAGACCGCAAAUGCAGGUGAGUACGGAUGCAUGCAUAAUAUGGUUGUAGCUGGGCUGCGAUGUGUUCAUCGGUCCGGCCGUCUGAACAUGCGGACCAGACGCGCGAAAAGCAACCUCACCCGCCAUCUUCUCUCUCCGCAAAGAGAGGCAGUGGAGGUGCCUUUCGAUGGUUUCGACUGCUUCGUCGCCGUUCUCCACGAACACGAAAGCCCGACGAAGAUUCAUGGGGUUUUCUUUCUCUCGAAACAUUUUUUGUGUGAGUCACAGCGCAUCUCCGUGGAUCGGGUUGGCGGUACCUCUAUGAUUUCGCUGCGACUACCGACAUAUGAACGCGGUGUCAUCGAAAGCGGGUUGAGGCGUGCACGAGGCCGUCCGAACCCUACUGCAGAAAAGGCGCUGAAGUACUUUCUUGACCUUCGUCCAGAACACAUUGAAAGCAGCCGUAAGAGAGUUAAAGCUCUUCUGGAUUCGGUGAGGAUGGAAAAUCUACUUCUGGAAAGAUAAUUCUCACAACAUGAAUUCGUAAAUUACAUUGAAUCCUAUACAUUGAUUUAGGUGUAUGAUGUCUCUCAAUAGUUUCAAUUUGAUCUCCCUGCUUUCUUUUGGAGUGCGACCUGCUGUUGAACAUUUGAAUAAGAACCUGAAGCCCAGGGUGGAUGUGGGCCUUGAUUCUAAGAAAUAGAUCAGUUUCCAAGAAUAAGAACGGAGAGAGAUCAGUAUACAGGCGUCGACGUCAAGGCGACUUUUCUGUACUGGUUUCUUCACUUGCGUGACUGUAAUAAGACGCACAGUUCUGCGAACAAGAAUAUACCUAGCAUUACUUCUUAGACACAUCUGGAAUUGGCCGAUCCCUCGUUUUCGGAGUAGCAGCGUUAUUUAUUAAUGUAAGAUUGGCCAUGGCCUUCAGAUCAUGAAUUAGUUCAACAUUGAGUAUAUUCAUGAUUUUUUGUCAUUCUGUCAUCAGUAAGCAAGUGUUGAUGCGGCUAUGGCAUCGCUGCUGGUAUUGGUCGUACAACUAAGCACAAGACUUACUUUUCGUUUUUCGACGUGUUAGACAUGUACCUAUCGCGAUUUUUCUUUUUGUCUACGCUUGAGGCACUUCAACUACAGAAAAUUGACAUCGUUUUCGUUGAUAGAUAUUAUGAUAGAUAAGUAACAUAAUCCAUUCUAUUUGUAUUUCAUCA